GCCAUUUUGUUAGCGCUGGGCUGCCGGGGCGCGCGGAAGUGGCGGCUGGUGAGGCGGGAAGGGACGGGACUCGCUCGGCUCCUCCCCCGCUGGGGCGGAGAGGCGGGGACUGAGCGCGGCCGUGCCGGGCCGGUGGGGGCGGCGGCGGCGGCGGCGGCGGCGGGGCCGAGCGCGGCCCGGCUAUGUCGGCAUUCUCGGAGGCGGCGCUGGAGCGGAAGCUGUCGGAGCUGAGCAACUCGCAGCAGAGCGUGCAGACCCUGAGCCUGUGGCUCAUCCACCACCGCAAGCACUCGGCGCUCAUCGUCAGCGUGUGGGAGCGGGAGCUGCGAAAAGCAAAACCAAAUAGGAAGCUGACAUUCCUGUACUUGGCCAAUGAUGUCAUACAGAACAGCAAAAGGAAAGGACCAGAAUUUACGAAAGACUUUGCUCCAGUAAUAGUGGAGGCUUUUAAGCAUGUUUCAAGUGAGUCUGAUGAGAGUUGUAAGAAACACCUGGGCCGAGUGCUGUCUAUCUGGGAAGAAAGGUCUGUUUAUGAAAAUGAUGUAUUAGAACAACUUAGGCAAGCUUUGUAUGGAGACAGAAAGGUGAGGAAACGCACAUAUGAACAGAUAAAAGUUGAUGAAAAUAACUGUUCACCUCGAAGUUCUCCCACUGACCCUCCACAGACCACAGAUCUCAUUAGAGCAUUACAAGAACUAGAAAAUGCUGCCUCUGGGGAUGCAGCAGUUCAUCAGAGAAUAGCUUCUUUGCCUAUAGAGGUCCAGGAUGUGUCCCUGUUAGACAGAAUAACAGAUAAGGAAUCUGGAGAGCAACUGUCCAAAAUGGUAGAUGAUGCAUGUAUGUUGCUGGCGGAUUACAAUGGCAGGUUGGCAGCUGAAAUAGAUGAUAGAAAACAGCUAACUCGAAUGUUGUCAGACUUUCUCCGAUGUCAAAAAGAAUUCCUUGCAGAGAAAGAACAUAAGCUGGAAGAGUACAAACGCAAGCUAGCCAGAGUUUCCCAAGUACGGAAAGAACUCAGGUCACGCAUCCAGAACCUGCCUGAUCUCUCUCGACUUCCCAACGUCACGGGCAGCCACGUACACCUACCGUUUGCAGGAGACAUCUACGGUGAUGACUGAUUACAAGAACAUCCUUCCAUAACCUCUACUUUUCUGUGAAAUGAGGGGUAGGUCAGACUGAUUGGUAUCUUGUAGUAUUAUUUUUGUAUAUUGUCAGAGAGUGUCGGUAAAAAUACUCUAAUAAUUUAUAAAAAAUGGUUUAAAAAGUUGAUUUGUUUACUAUUUUAUUGGCGAGUGAACAUAAGGGUACAUUUAUAAAAGUGGCAUCUGUGUCUAUUACAUUGAAGAAUGGAUAACUAUCUUAUCUUUUGUAAAGAUUUCAGUUGGGUGCUCUGUAAAAAAAACAUGCUAGGAUUUUUCUUAUGUACCCUAUAUUUAAUGUAGAUCAACGUAUAAUCAAUGCAUACUUCUAAUUGAAGACAUUUCAGUUGCUAGUGAGGGAGUGAAAUGAGGAAAUCACAAGCUUAUGUUCGCAAGAAGGUUGAUGCACGUUAAUGCAGAGUUAAAAGCAAUCUUACUGUCCAUUACAUUUAAAUUACCCACUACCAAAACAAGUCAGGUGGGGUUUUUUGAAGGAAAUGUUAACAACCAAUUUUGUAUUGGAAAGCAUAAAUCAUGUUACACUGAGCAGAUCUUUAAAUGACUCAAAAUACUGCAAUAUUUUAGUAUCAUUUAAAAGUCAGCAUAAGAAACUGUACAAUCGACCAGUUUAAUUAUGUUUCAAAAUUGUAACUUUCUUUUUACAGCUGCUUAGUUUCUAAAUUGAGGGACCAUUCAUUUGUACUCUAAUCCCUUUCUGGAACAUCCGUCUCCAUCUAAAAAGGUUAAUCCCAGAAAUGUGAAGCCAUUUUCCAGCUUUAAUUAAAUCGAAAGGUCAUUCUCUAAACUGUCCCAAUUGUUCAAUGUCCAUUAUUAAAAAUUGACAAUGCUAUGUACCAUCCAUGCGUGCAGCAACACGGUGAUACAGCCGUGCUGUAGAUCGUCUUCCACUGCGAAACCCCAGAGGCCAGCACACGCUUCCAGCCCCCCACCUCCACCCGCUCCAGCAACGCAUUUCUAGCUCUUGAUUGUCUUUUCUCACAGAACAGGAGGAGACAGUUCAGGGCUGUGCAUAAGUUAAACUGUGGAAAAUUAUUGCCCAGUGUCUGUUUUUUAAAAAAGUCCUUUGCAUGGCAUAAACGUGGUAUUUGGCUACAGGUAGCUGAAUUUGUCAUAAGUCCUUGUUAGCAUACUAUGCACCAGCUUUUAAGUUCACUUGAAAACUUAAAGACACAGACAGCAUCUAGGAGAUUGCCAGAAAAUUUAGGCUUUUCAGUCAGUUGGAAUUAGGCACCUAAUCGUUGAGGAGUGAUUUAAAAAAUGCCUACCUGUACCUUUGCCAUUUUGAUGUACCUUAAAAUCCUGGGCUGCAAGUGUUUGAGUUGGAUAUAUCGUCGGAGUAUUUAAUGAUAGUUGUUCACAGGUUUGCAUUUGUUGGGCAUUGGUUUGCAUCAGUUAAGUUCACAGUUUACAAGUUUAACACUCCUUCUCACAUGAAAGGAGAAUUUUUUUAAAAAAAUCUAUUCUUCUCACACGAAAGCAAUUUAGAAAAAAAUAAACCCAUUCUUCCUUUUCAAAACCCACAGCAAUUCAAAAUAGUGGCGGAGUGAAGUUGUUGAAGAUAGUGAUUGAUCUGUCACUUUUUAUUGACUUCUACAAGGCUAAUUGCCUGAAUAGUUGUUGGAUGGGAAUGGAGAAUAAUCUUUCUCUUUAAAUAGAUACACUUGGACAUAAGCACAUCAUCUUUUCUCAUGGAAGUUGCCAUGAAUUAAACCUCAGUUAAGUAGGGAAAAAACCCCAAAAGAUAAAAAUGCAAGCUCUUGACAUAGCAUUCCAUAGCAUGCAAUGUGGAAUACUAAUUUCAUCAAAAAGUCUGACUGACAGACAGGAACGCUGAAAAUAGUUCAUCAGAGCUCACUAGCUGUCCAAAGAUUUGUAAGUUUUAAGUGGCAAUUUUCCACUCCGUAGGAAAAAAGAGCUAACUAGAAUGAAUCCAGAGGAUUUGUACCCAGAGGUGAUUAUAAGUGUAGCGGCAUGGGUUGUUUAGAGCGCAUUGAAGGAUCUAAGUCUUAGAUACUCAAACCCAUAGGGAAUUAAGCUUAAACAGUCUUUUGCUACCUUAAUUAAAAAUAAUUAUAAUAAUAAAGUUGAAUGCUGAAUUUCCUUGAUCUCUCAAGAGUAUUAAAAAAGACACGACACUUACUUCACUAGAUUUGUUUUUCUUAUUCAUAACUCUUAGUAAUAAUGUUGCUUAUCUACAGAUAAUGUAGAACUGAUAAACGAAUGAGGAAAAAUCUCAACUACUUCUUGAUGUAUAUAAGUUUUAAUUUUGAGAGAGUGCUAUUUUCUGGAUAUAUUUUUCUUUAUUUUACUGUGAAAUUGUUUGCUUAAAGGAAUAUUUCAUAGCUGGGUUUUUUUGAAAAGAUCCCUCAACAUUUGUUUGGAAAAGAGGACUUGUGGAAGGUAAAGGCCACUCUUCUAACAAGUGUCAUGUGUUCGUGGCUGAAUGGUACGUUGGUUUUUAUUUAUAUGGGAAAGGCAUCAGGUAUCAACUAGUUAGAAGAUUUAUAUUGUAACUGUAAUAGCAUAGCAGGAGAUAAUAUGGUACAAUACAAACACAGCCCUGUAGUAUCAAAAAAUACCUCCACGUUCUCAGGUUCCAAAGCUUAACGUACGUACUUCUGACAUCUCAGGAAGAGAAGAGGCUGGGUGGGGAAAGGAAGGGUGCCGAGGAGCUGAAAGGGAGAACAGGCCAGAGUGGAAAUGAAAAGCAAAACAAACAUCAGCUUUUGUCAAAACAGAACUAUCGGUGUGAAACUGGGCAGCAGGAUGCUUUAGCUGUCGAUGGGAUUAUAACAGUAGAACUGCUUUGGGGCGUUACCACCCUGGGAAAGAAAAUGCGUGGGUGUGCCAUGCCCAUCCCUUCUCACCUGGUCUGGCUCUACUCAAACCAGAAUGCCCACCCUACAAAAGGCACAACUAUAAAAUAUCUGAACACUUUUCAUCAAUAAUAACAACAGCAUAAUAAUUAGAUUAGUUGCUUCACUAUAUUGCACUUUUAUUGAGCAUUCUCCGAAAAAAGCAAAGACAACCCUGCAGCUCUUUGCCAUAUGAGAAUGCUUACCUUGGAGGUCCCUGGCACUGCUUGUAUAUUCUAGUGUUUGCAGGCUCAAGCUGUGUUUUUGCAGAAUGUUUUGAAAGAUAUCAGGAAUAUUACCCCACUUCCGUGGUUUUAUAAAUAAAUGUGAAGUCCUUAGUUAAAAAAAAUUACCAUUUGUAGAAAUUGUGUUUCAUUACUCCUCUUGAAAAUUAAACUACAGCCUGCAGUAACAUCAGCUUGUCUGUUUCACUCUGUUAAUGUUUGUGUUAAUAUAUUAAACCACCUCAGUUAAUCCCUAGCAACACAACCCAAACUACAUGCUUAUUUCGUGUUUUAUCCAAGUAGUCUUCCAAAUGUCAAACUGAGAGCUUUCAUUAUGAUACAAUUACAUUCCUGUUUACAUGAAGUUUAUAAAAACAAUGUGUUAGGACUUCCACAGACUAACCCUGCUCUCACAAGUCAGUGGUAACUCAGUCCGGUACUUCAACGAUGACCCAAAAUCCGUACAUAGGAUGCAGUAGCCCCCUGCACAGAUGACCAUGGAAGACAUGGAAGUCUAUGCAUAGGCUCGAGUGGCCCUCAACAGAAGAGCUGAAUUUCAAACUUUUUCAAAUAGAUUCAUGGGUGCGGGGGGGUUUCAGUGGAAAAAUUAAUGAACUAGAAAACCAGCACGUCUAAACUUUGUCGUUACAUUUAUAAAUAUUUAGGGGCAGUUCUGCUCAUUUUUAAUGCACAUAAUCACAGCGACUAUUCCUGCAAGUAAAGAAAGCAGAUUCAAAUGUGGUGUCUCAAGUGGAUUUUUUUUUUUUUUUUUUUUAAUGAAUGACCAAUUUUGUCUCGGCUCCUAUUUCAGUGUGUCAUUUAUCUUGAUUAAGUAGUAAAUCUCUUCCAUCUUGUUAUUUAGAAAUCUAAUUCUGAUUUCAUCUUUACAAUAUUUAAAGUAUCCUACUAAGCAUGAUGUUUUUGUGGGAAUUUGCAAAAGUUCAAUAGCACUCGUUACUUGUUUGCAACAGAAGUAGAUUCAUUUGUUAAAAGCUAACAAGAAAAGUUUGAAAUGUAAAGAUGUUUCAUUAUUGUGCUUUUCUGACAGAACAUGUAAUCCUUGUGUAAUUUAUGUCCUCAAAAAUAACACCUGUAUGUAUGCUCUUUCAUAUUUAAUAGAAUAAAAUAUUGUAAAACCA